AUGACCAGCCCCCAAGAGUAUCAAAAGGAAAAAAACCCACCGCCGCCCCUUUCCCCGAGCGUAAGGCUGGAUCUUCCAAGAAGACCAAGGUGAGUUUAUUUCCCCAUUUAAUUCCUUUCUAUUUCUUUUAUAGGUCGGGUUUUUGAUGGACGGUGUUGUGAUACUUAUCUUUUUUACUCUUGAUGUUACCAUAGAACCCUCUUAUCGAGAAGCGCCCCCGCAACUAUGGCAUUGGCCAGGACAUCCAACCCAGGCGCAACCUUUCCCGCAUGGUUAAAUGGCCCGAGUAUGUCCGUCUUCAGCGCCAGAAGAAGGUCCUCAACCUUCGUCUGAAGGUCCCCCCGGCGAUUGCCCAGUUCCAGAAUGUCCUCGACAAGAAUCUUGCUACCCAAACCUUCCGCCUCCUCAACAAGUACCGCCCUGAGACCAAGAUUGAGAAGAAGGACCGAUUGACCAAGGAGGCUCAGGCCGUCGCUGACGGAAAGAAGAAGGAAGAUGUCUCCAAGAAGCCUUACGUUGUUAAGUAUGGUCUCAACCACGUUGUUGGAUUGAUAGAGAACAAGAAGGCGUCAUUGGUCUUCAUCCCCAACGAUGUUGACCCAAUUGAGCUGGUUAUUUUCCUUCCCGCUCUUUGCAGAAAGAUGGGUGUCCCGUACGCUAUCAUCAAGGGCAAGGCUCGCUUGGGGACUGUUGUUCACAAGAAGGUUUGUUGUAUUUCAUCUACCGCCUUGCGUACGCCGCUAACAUGAGCCAUUAGACUGCUGCUGUCCUCGCUUUCACUGAGGUCCGCAGUGAGGACAAGAGCGAGCUCUCCAAGCUCAUCACUGCCAUCAAGGAGGGGUACUCGGAAAAGUACGAGGAGUCCAAGAGACACUGGGGCGGUGGUAUCAUGGGAGCUAAGGCUAACGCUAAAGUUGGUGAGUAAAAUCCACUAUUCGCACUAACUUACAUCCGACUACUAACACAACCCCUUCGAAAAUAUAGCCAAGAAGCAGAAAGCAUUGGACGCAGCGAUCAAAAUCUAAAAAGGAAAAAAUUGGUCUCUCCUUGUCUGAUAGCGGAUUUUUUUUAAAAAAAAUGGCAGUUCUCUGUGGGGGGAUCCCGGAAGUUUUUUUCUUAUGGUGUACAUGGCAUGCAUGGGCGUUGUUUUCCCUUGGCUCUAGUAGCGAACUAUUCCACGGUCCCAAACCAAUUUGCCCGUACAC